AUGGCGCCAGAGUUACGUAAAUCCGCCGUGAGUAGGUUCACCGGUGGUGGUGGCCUACCUAAGGCCAGCAGCCUGCCAAGCCAUGCAUACGUAACAUUCUUGGCAGGCAAUGCUGAUUAUGUGAAAGGAGUGGUGGGGCUGGCCAAAGGGCUGAGAAAAGUGAACACUGCUUACCCUCUUGUGGUGGCGGUUCUGCCGGAUGUGCCGGAGGAGCACCGCCGCAUACUGGUGAACCAGGGGUGUAUAGUCCGCCAAAUUGAGCCGGUUUAUCCGCCGGAAAAUCAUAAUACCCAGUUUGCUAUGGCUUAUUAUGUCAUCAACUAUUCAAAACUUCGAAUUUGGGAGUUUGUGGAGUAUAGCAAGAUGAUAUACUUAGAUGGGGACAUCCAAGUUUAUGACAACAUAGACCAUCUAUUUGAUCUACCAGAUGGGCAAUUUCAUGCUGUAAUGGACUGUUUCUGUGAGAAAACUUGGAGUCACACUCCACAAUACAAGAUUGGGUAUUGCCAGCAAUGUCCAGACAGAGUCAAGUGGAAUGAAAAAUUGGGCCCUAAGCCCUCUCUUUACUUCAAUGCUGGCAUGUUUGUUUUUGAGCCAAGUCUACCCACCUAUUAUGAUCUACUGCAAACCCUCAAAAUAACCCGUCCGACCUCGUUUGCCGAGCAGGAUUUCUUGAACGUAUUCUUUAAGGACAUUUACAAGCCAAUUCCCAACAAUUACAACUUGGUUUUGGCCAUGUUGUGGCGGCAUCCUGAGAACGUAAAGCUCGACCAAGUUAAGGUUGUCCACUACUGUGCUGCAGGGUCCAAGCCAUGGAGGUACACUGGAAAAGAAGAGCACAUGGACAGGGAGGAUAUCAAGAUGCUAGUCAAGAAAUGGUGGGACAUUUAUAACGAUGAGACAUUGAAUUAUAUCGCCAAUGCCCCGUUAGCUGCCACAGCAGCCGGUGGUCAAGUGGCCAAGGCUAAGUUGACAGUGGCACUGACAGAGGCUGGUGUUGUUCAUUUUAUCGCCGCCCCUUCGGCCACUUAG